AUGGUAUCCAGCCCGGAGUCAAGAGAUGCCAUGCAGAACACCUUGGUGGGGGAAGUAGAAAACUUCCAAGACCUAAUGAACGUGAAAGAUUUUCAGGAGGUAGAAGGAUGCCUGUUAAUGCAGCUUAGGUAUUUGGGGGGUCUAAAGAUGCUUCUUGAAUUUGCAAAUACAACGGAAAAGGAUGAGUUCAUGAACAAUGGGAAGGAGAUAUGGAAUUCGUGGUUUAAAGAGGUCAUUAACUUGGACGUGAAAGGAAAUUUUAACGAAAGAAUUGCAUCGAUAAUCAUUCAAGGGGUGCCCCAACAUGCAUGGUGUGAGGAAGCCUUCAACAUUAUUGCAAGAUCGUGGGGGACGGUGGUAAUCCCAGAAGAAUGCAAUACAGAUUCUCCUAAUCUGGCAUUUGGGAGGGUUGGAAUCCUCACAUCCCACCCGGGAAUCAUCAGCUCUUCCAUCAAAAUCAUGGUGGACGGAAAAUCUUAUCAGAUUAAUGUCAUGGAGGAUAUUUUCGAGUCCCUGAAACUUAGUAUGGUUCUUGCUGCAAACGAAUUCUACCAAAGGAUGUCAUGGUGGGAUGACGAUAGUAAAAGUGAAAAUGGCAGCCUCAACAGCGAAGUUCCGAUCCAUUCCGAAGCUAGUCUACAGUCUCUGAGAAUAUCACCAGUGAAGCCUCAGCAAGCGCCGGAUAUAUCUCCGGUGAUGUCAGGGCAAGCAUGGAAUCAGGAUGGGGAAGUGGAAAUGUCGCAUAGUUCGGGGACCAAGAAAACUCCUCGAUCUUCUAAACUCGUGGGGAAUCGUAGAGAAGUUGUAUCGCCAUUGCACUCGGGUGUAGGCCACGAUACAUCCGGAUCCUGUGCCUCUCUGGGCCGUUAUAAAGGUCGGGCCCAAUCUCCUCCCAUUAUGAAAAUCCCCCAGGCCAAUUUUUCGUUGGACCUAAAUAGAGCCCCAUCUCUUUCAACUCCAUCUGAAUCCAUUAACUUAUGCUCUGAUCGUAACCAAACAAGUAAUGCCUCCUCCCCCAGCCUGAAGCUUCGUAGACCCAGCCGGUUGAGUCAAAUGCUACUUCUGUGGAGGUAA